AACUUCAAAGGCUCAGUACAGUUAAAUAAUAAGCAAUUUCAAGUAGAUUUGCCAAUUAAGGUGCCUCUAGAGCAAGUCAAUGACCAUUUAGGCGAUUCUUUCAAUCUUGCCCUGAAUCGGUUUGUCAACUUAGAAAAAAAACUUCAUAAAAACAAAGAAUUGUUUCAACAAUAUAAGCAUUUCAUAGAUGAAAUCAUCGAGCUAGGACAUGGACAGUAUAUAGACAUUGGGCAAUACGAUUUUAAAAAUGAUCCUAUUUACUUUUUACCUCAUCAUGGGGUCAUUAAUGAAAAGAGUAAAUCAACAAAAUUAAGGGUUGUUUUUGAUGGGUCUAUGUUGACUAAUAAAAAGGUGUCAUUAAAUGACAUAUUGCUCAAUGGCUCUGUUGUCCAGAACGAUUUAUUCGAAAUACUUUUAUUAUUUCGACUUGGUACUCACAUGUUUACCACGGAUAUAAAGAAAAUGUUUCGGUGCAUUGCUUUAAAUCCUACUCAUGCCUCAUUACAGAACAUCCUGUGGAGAGAGGAUCCCAACCAGGAGAUCAAAUGCAUUCAGCUGACCACCGUCACCUACGGUCUCAAAAGCUCCAGCUUCCUCGCGACGCGGUGCCUGUAUGAGCUCGCAGAUAUGCAUGAGGGGGAGCUACCUCUUGCUUCCUAUAUUUUAAAAAAUUGUACAUAUGUUGAUGACAUAUUGUAUGCAAACUUUGAUCUGAAUACUACAAUAGAAGCUAAAAAUCAAGUAACACAAUUGUUAGAAAGGGGUAACUUUCACACACAUAAAUGGGCGUCCAAUGUUCCUCAAAUUCUGCAAAAUAUCCCAGAAAAUGAGCAACAAUUUGAUAAUAUUGACUUUGAAAAAGAUAAUUUCAAUUUAAAAACAUUGGGCAUUAAUUAUAAUGUAAAAGAUGACUGCUUUAUCAUAACCUGUCCCACAAAGUUCGGUGACAGGCCUGUAACUAAACGGGAAGUUCUCAGUUUCAUAUCAAAGUUUUAUGAUCCCCCUGGGUUUGUAGCCCCAAUAAUAAUAACUGCAAAGAGCUUCAUACAGACACUGUGGGCUGCGAAUAUCAGUUGGGAUUCUCCCUUGACAGAUUGAAAGCUGAGGCUUCAAAGCAGAUGAUGGGUUCCUUGCCGUCUGAUAGGGUUACCCAGGCUCUUCCAUUUGAUCGGGUUGGCAUAGACUAUGCCGGACCGUUCAACAUUAAACAAUCCAGGAUAAGACGACCUGUGAUAUCAAAAGGUUAUUUUUGCCUAUUUGUUUGUUUCACAACGAAAGCGGUUCAUUUAGAAGUCGUGUCAGACAUGACAACCGCAUCAUUUCUUGCCUGCUUCAAACGUUUUGUUUCGCGGAGGGGUCUCCCCCAUGACGUUUACUGUGAUAACGCAAGUAAUUUCAAGGGGGCAAGGAACCAAUUAACUGACUUAUAUAGCUUAGUCAACUCUCAGAGCCACCAGGCACAGGUCAAUAAUUAUGCUAUUCAAAACAAUGUUCGCUUUCAUUUUAUACCGAGCUAUUCGCCUGUGUUCGGGGGGCUCUGGGAGGCGGCUGUAAAAAGUACUAAGCAUCACUUAAAACGUACCGUUCAAAACGUUGUACUUACCUAUGAGGAGAUGUGUACUGUUCUCGCGCAGAUAGAGGCGAUAUUAAAUUCCAGACCUCUGGUACCUCUAUCAAGUAAUAGUGACGAUUUUUCAUACCUCACGCCUGGUCAUUUCUUAACUGGCAGGGCGCUCGUUUCGUAUCCUGAACGUGACCUAACUAAUGUUCCUAUUUCAAGGAUAAGAUUAUGGAAUGUCACUAAUAAAAUAGUCCAAUCAUUCUGGAGCACGUGGAGUAAAUAUUACUUAAAUAAUUUACAAAACCGACCUAAAUGGCGUGACGAGUGCCGGAAUAUAAAAGUUGGCGAUUUAGUUUUGCUGCGUGAUGACGGUACACCUCCCCUCACAUGGCCUAUGGGUCGCAUAACUAAAGUCUUUCCAGGUAAAGACGAUAAAGUAAGAGCGUUUGAAGUGAUGACUUCAAAUAAGCAUAAACAUGUAAGGUCUAUUACAAAAGUUUGUUUAUUUCCUAUAAACGACAAGUGAUAAGUUUCACAUAGUUCGUAGGCCAUCUUAGGAUGUGCAGUUAGUGUUAUAAUUAACCUAAUUUGUGAUGCCAAGAACAAAACUAGCUAUAAGUACAUAAUUUUAAAAUAAUAUUAAGUUUAUAAGUUGCAUAAAACUUUAAAAUACUUACCUCAUACUUACUUAUUGAUGUAUUCAUAAGUUGGUCAUUCAUAAAAAGGUACUUUGUGUAGGUGCUUUCACUUCAUGUAGUAGGUACCUAAAUUCUUAUUUUUAAAUGUUAAAUUGUUUAUCUGUAUAAGUAACUAAGAGUUAUGUUUCUUUAACCAAAAUUUAUUUAGCACUCAGUGUUAUGUUAACUAAUAUGGAUAUCUUUUGAAAUGUUAGUGGUUACC